GGCCUUUCGGUACCUAUUCGCCAUGUUUGUUCUCAUCUUCGUGUUUGUUUCUAACCAGUUACAUUUGUUCAAAGACAGACAAUUGCUUGACUUGUGUGACUGUAAACCACACUCUUCCAACAAGUAUAUGCAGACUCGCUUAUCCUUUUUACCAAAUGAAAACGCACACAAAUUAGUAAAAGCCACUUAUGAUUGUGUUCAUCAGUUGACGUGGUCAGAAUAUCAAAAGAACUCUUCCGCCAAAACGGGAAAUGUCCUGAUAGACAAGUACGGCAAGAAUGACUUAAAUCGGCCCGGUGAGAACGGAACGGGUGUGCACCUUGUUGGAAAGGAGAAUGAGCAAGCCAACCAGCUUGUUGAAAAGUUAAACAUAAACGUUUUAGCCAGCGACAAAAUACCUCUCAACCGUAUGGUCCCGGACUCAAGAUUUGAUGGCUGCCGGUCAGUCACGUACGAGAACGAUCUUCCUACAGCCAGCAUCAUCAUUCCCUUCUUCGACGAGUGGCCGUCAAUCUUGCUGCGUACCAUAUACAGCAUUGUGAACCGGACACCGCGCAAACUGCUCAAAGAAAUCAUCCUUGUCGAUGAUGGGAGUCAGAUGAAGGAGUUGAAGUCCAAGUUAGAUGCCUAUCUAGAAUCUCAUUUUCCCGUGGGCCUGGUGAAAAUGAUCCGUGUUCCCAAUCGUCUGGGUCUCAUCCAAGCAAGACUGAUGGGGUACAGGAAUUCAACGGGUGACAUCAUCAUAUUUUUUGACAGCCACAUGGAGGUCAAUAUUGAUUGGCUGCAACCUCUUCUGACGGAAGUGAAGCACAACCGCAAGACCAUUGCCAUGGCAACCCUUGACUACAUACAGAAGGAUACCAUGGCUUACACGUACUACAAAGAUUAUAUGAUCAGAUACGGUUUCAACUGGCGGCUUGUCUUCUACGAGGAAUUUUUCCGGAAUGACCAAGUUGGCCCAAAACCGGAGUCUACCAGACCAGGUACGGUGAUGGUGGGUGCUGCCUAUGCCAUUGAUCGACAGUUCUUCCAGGAGAUAGGGGAAUAUGACGAGGGGAUGAAGGUGUGGGGAGGGGAGAACCUGGAAAUGUCUUGGAGGAUCUGGUUGUGUGGCGGCCGCCUGGUUCACACUCCGUGCUCGCACAUAGGUCAUGUGGCGCGCUAUCAGCCGUACAACUUCCCCGGGGGUCGGGUGCAGAUUGAACAGUAUAACUACAAGCGAGCGAUUGAGGUGUGGAUGGAGGAUGAACACAAGCAGAUCAUCUACAACUCCUUUCCAGAUAUGAUGACCCUUGACGUGGGAGAUCUAUCGGCAAGACGGGCGCUGAGAGCGAGGCUGCAGUGCAAACCUUUCUCCUGGUUCAUGGAAAAUAUAUGGCCGGAAUUAUUUUCUCUUAAUCGGAACGUGUUGGCAUGGGGCUCGGCGAGAAAUCUGAAUACGAGCAAAUGUCUGGACAACAACAACUACCUGUUCCAGUCGGAGGCGACCUUGUUACUGUGGCAAUGCCAUUACCAGUUCGCAUCGCAGGGUUUCUCGAUGACGCGCGAUGGCCGGCUUCGUACCUCUCUCCAGUGUGUCGUGGUGAAGGGUAGCAUCCCCGGGGUGCGACCCAAGCUCGAGGGCUGCAUCAACGGGCCCAAGGACACGUGGACACACUCUCAGAGUGGCUUCAUCAGGCAUGAGAGCACGGGCUUGUGUCUAGAUAUAGACGAGUAUGGUGUCAUUAUGCAGGCAUGCGACCCAACGUCCGGCACCCAGCUUUGGCAGUUUAAUACUUACGUCCCCUACACACGCCGAUAAUAUACAAAUGGAAUGGUCUACGAUACUGUACUAGUGCUUCGAUAAUGUUUAUGUCGAUCUAUUACAUGCCGACACUUUUUCAAUAUCUUGAGAAUUUAUACUGUCCGAUACAACUAUAUAUAUUUUAUAUUGACUGUUUUUUUACCAAUGUUCAAAGAAAUACAUGCGGACAUCUUGUGCGGAUCCAUAUCCUCAUUGAUGGGCAUA